AAUGGUCACAUUUUUCUAAGGUUACGAUCUUCAUCCAUCAUGUCGACCUUUAAGGACAAAGUAAUUAUUGUAACAGGUGCUAGUUCGGGCAUUGGUGCAGGUGCUGCCGUUCACUUGGCUUCUUUGGGAGGUUUCCUGGUCAUUGUGGGUCGCAAUGUGGAUAAGUUAAAGGAAACGGCUGAUCAAAUUGAAGCAGCUGGAGGUGCUGAACCAUUGCAACUGCUGGCAGACAUGACCAAUGAGCCGGAUGUAAAGAAAAUAGUGACAUCCACGUUGGCCAAGUAUGGACGCAUCGAUGUGUUGGUUAACAACGCCGGCAUUCUAGAAACCGGCUCAAUAGAGAACACCAGUUUGGAGCAGUACGAUCGUGUGAUGAACACAAAUGUUCGUGCCAUGUAUCAGCUGACCAUGUUGGCCACUCCAGAGCUGAUUAAGACGAAGGGAAAUAUUGUGAAUGUUUCCAGUGUCUGCGGAAUUCGUGCGUUUCCCGGUGUGUUGGCUUACAAUAUUUCGAAAGCCGCUGUAGAUCAGUUCACUGCCUGUGUUGCCCUUGAGCUGGCCUCUAAAGGAGUUCGCGUAAAUGCCGUAAAUCCGGGAGUGAUUGUCACCGAUAUUCAUAAACGCGGCGGAAUGGACGAGGAAGCAUACGCCAAGUUUCUGGAGCAUUGCAAAACAACUCAUGCCUUGGGACGUCCAGGAGAUGUGAAGGAAGUGGCAGCGGCUAUUGCAUUCCUGGCCAGCGAUGCAGCAAGUUUCAGUACAGGUGUUACCCUACCGGUAGAUGGAGGACGACAUGCCAUGUGUCCCCGCUAGAAAGAUGUUCCUCAUUUCUCUUCACCAGUUGCAUUUUUAGCAUACAAAUAUUACCCUUUAUUAAAAUUAUCAAAAUAAAUAUAUUUUUGGCUGUAAUAUGAA